GGCAGGAUAUCAUUGAAUAAAAUUGAUGGCUUUGGACAAUCAGCUUUUAAUCAAAAUUGUUAGAUACUUCGUACAACCCGGCUAGAGUUUAUGAUGAAUCGUGCGCAAAAAUAAUUAAAACCGUAGCUGGAAGAUCAGUCCUGAUUCGCCGCGUGGUUGCCAAUUUUUAUGAAUUAUAAACUGAAGAUAGGAUUUGACUUAUACGAACAAAAAUGAGCAACUUUGCGUAUAAUGAAAUGACGGAAAAACUAGUUACAAAAAUCCUUGUACCAUUUGCUAACCUCAAAUCUGAUACAAUUGUUUGACUUCGCAGAAAUUGUUCAACGUGAAAUGCAGAAAGCAUCGAGGUUGAAGAGAGAACUGGCAAUGAUGGCAGAAAAUCCUCCGGAGGGUAUUUGCUGCUAUCCGAAAAAUGACAAAACUGACGUUUUGUCUGCUAAUAUCUUGGGGCCACUUGGGAGCCCUUAUGAGGGCGGAUUAUUCCAACUAGAAAUUGAAAUACCAGAAAUUUACCCUUUUGAACCACCUAGGAUGAAGUUUUUAACACCUGUUUACCACCCCAACAUAGAUGACUCAGGAAGAAUCUGUAUGGACUUGUUAAAAAUGCCACCAAAAGGAGGCUGGAAACCAACGAUAAACAUAGAAAAUUUACUGACUGCCAUUCAACUACUACUCAGUUACCCAAAUCCUGAUGAUCCACUUAUGGCUGAAAUAGCUGAAGAAUAUCGUUUCAACAAAGUGGAGUUUGAAAGAAAGGCUCGCAAAAGUACAGCGGAAAAUGCAAUGAAAAAAAGAAAAUACGAAUUUUAGAAUCUGUAUCAGAUAUUUUGGUUCAAAUGUGAAUUUUAUUUCAUAAAUUCCAUAGAGUAUAAGAAGCAACAGUAAAUUAACGUUAAUCGGUAAUAUAUAAGCACGUAGCAAUAAGCAGUUAAUUUAAUAGUUACAGAGUGUGUUGGAUCAACUUGGGUAAUUUAAUAAAGAAUUAAAAUACCAUAACUAUAUCACAUAGAAUAUUAACGAAUAAUUGUCAGAUCGAGUCAGUUUUUUAAAAUUUAAUUAAAAAUUUUUUGUAUUUUUAUUUUAUUUUAGUUUUUACGUUUUCUCAGAACAUGAAUAAAAUGCUUAAAACAUCCGUCGUCAAAUAAUUAUAUGUGCAGUAGUCAAACAGCCUUUUGAUGCUGGCUUGUCAAGCUUAUAGGAUAGGUUGAAAACGAUUAAUAAUUAUUCUUACGAAAUUACUUCCUAAUUUUCAAGAUAUAAAUGUUCAAUAAUAUUU